CCAGGGAAGCGGCAGUGCCCGAACGUUGAAGGCGAACAAUCCAGAGAGAGAGACGAUGUACAGGACAUGAGCGAGAACUUUGUUGUGAAAGAAACGCUCUACGACAGCGUUGCGCAAGAAUUGCGUGAUAACGGCACUGAGGAAGUGGAACCCAGUGACGACGAUGAUGAGGAGGGUGAAUCGAGCGACGACGAUGAGGAGGAGGAGGAAACGAGCAAGGAUGCCGAUUCAGAAGACACAGACUCUGAGGAUGAUGAAGGGAAGAACGAGUCGGGAAUUGAUGUCGACAUGUUCAAGAAGAGUCUAUCUGGAAAACUUUUAGGAGAAGCGAAGCAGAUAAUAGCACAGGAGGUGAGAAGAGGACUGUACAGCAAAUCAAGCAAGAGUGAGAAACCUCCUUACAACUUGGGAAAGCGCUGCAGGAACGCACGUGUGUACAACAAGAAAGUUAACUACCACGUGAACAUGAAGAAUGUCGAACUAGUUCUGAAGGAAGAUUGCUGCAAGGCCAACUGUUACAAGAAGUUCACGGCGGAUCAUCUGCAUAAUGUCAAUGAUAUUAGCUUCAACCAACAUUUCCGAAUCAAGCGCAACGACAACGGGGAGGUGCGCAUUUGGAGCAAGCAAUAUCAUAACUCGCAGUGGCAGCCGAACGACAGAGAAGGUUUGGACAUCUUCAAGUCAGAGCCAACAGGACAAGUUCAAGCUUCGCCAAAGCAUGCAAUCCGAUCUUUGGAAGCAAGAUAUCGACUUACUUGUCGGGGUGAGGACGAGAGGCGUAAUAAGGUCGUCAGCAGUGAAGGUCAUGUCCGUAAUCGAAAAGCGGGAGGAUCUUCGAAAUUCAAGGUUGACGAUGAUGUACUUUCCAUCGCCGCCUUGAAAGCCAACGUACAUGCCCUGUCGCAUUACGCUCAACCCCAUAACAUUGAAUGGUGGAAUAAGUUUAUAACAACGCAGGAAAUUCCCGACCUUGAGGACACAAACCUCAAAGAGCCUUUCGCGUGGCCCUCUGUAACAGUUGAUGUCAGCAGAGCAGGUGAAGAAGUUCCACCAACCGCUAACGGCUUUGACCAACGCUGGGAUGAUUUUUUCCCUCCUGAGAGACCCAUCUAUAUCGGCGCACGAAAAAGCAGACAGUUUCAAGAGGACAGAGACGGAAAGUACGACGAUCUCGAGGUCAACACUUUCAUCGCAUUACGAGCUUGUUCGGGGCAGGAAGAGAGAGCCAAACCUUACCACAUUGGCAAGGUUGUCGAGCAGCUAGUAGGUAAACGAUUCAAAGUUGCUUGGUUUGCACAACGUAAGAAAGGAGAGGGUUACUAUCCUCAGUUCAAGACAAAUCCUCAAGGAAAGACUACGAGAGAGCCUUCCGAGGACGUCUAUGACUGGAGCUGCGGCGUUCUUUGUUACAACUUCCAACUGAAGACAAACAGGACCCUCUUCUCGCAGACCAGACAAAAGAUCUCUGAGAUGAUGAAUUCCAUGGCAACGGAGGAUGUCGACUAGGAAGACCUUCUAGGAACCGA